GGUUACUGUCUUUGACCACAUGUUGGCAGAACUCAACGCAAAGUGUGUUACGGCCCCUUUGGCACUGAAACUACACAAAAAACAUCUGUUAGUAGGACUGCAGAUGACACACAUGGGAGGGGUUAAAGUGAACAGGUAUAUACUAAGUGGACAGACAUACAGAGUUAUAAAGUGAAGAGAAGCGAACCGAAGAGCAAGAAGAGUGGAAAACGAAGAAAUUCAGAAAUGGAUCUGAAAUGGAUUUUUGUCCUCUUUCUCAUCUCAGCUGUCUGUGGUGUAUCUGCAUACGUUCCUCAUCGGUAUCACAUUGUGAAUGAGAAUAAAACCUGGACUGAAGCUCAGAGCUACUGCAGACAGAACUACACUGAUCUGGCCACCAUCAACAACAUGGAUGAGAUGAAGAAGCUGAAUGCUACUCUGAAUGAGAAAGCUAGUGGAUUUGUUUGGAUCGGUCUAGACAGAGGGAACACUAGGAAAUGGCUGUGGUCUCUAGCAGAUGAAAGUUUCUACAGGGAGGGAGACACGUACAGAAACUGGAACAGUGGAGAGCCAAACAAUGCUGGGCGAAAUCAAUACUGUGUUGCAAUGAAGAACGACACUGGAACCUGGACUGAUGAAAGCUGUGAUAAACGAUAUACUUUUGUGUGUUAUGACAGAAAAAAGAUGAACAGUGAUAGAUACAUAUUAAUUAAUGAAACAAAGAGCUGGCGUGACGCUCAGAGCUACUGCAGAGAACAUUACACAGACCUGGCCAGUGUGAGGAACCAGACUGAGAACCAGCAGAUCCAUAAUUUGGCAAAAUAUUCAAUUAGUAUCUGUGUUUGGAUCGGCCUGUUCAACGACUCCUGGAAGUGGUCAGAUCAGAGUACCUCCUCAUUCAGAUACUGGAGGUCUGACCAGCCAGACAAUGUGGUUGGAAUUAAGGAAUGUGCUGCAGUGUCUAUGACUGACCAGGGUGAAUGGCAUGAUUUGGACUGCGAAACAAAGAACCCUUUCAUCUGCCAUGAGAAUAAGCUGAUCUUGAUCAAUCAGAAUCUGACCUGGAGAGAAGCUCUGAGAUACUGCAGGGUGAAUCAUGUGGAUCUGGUCUCAGUUCACUCUGAGGAGAUCCAGCUCUGGGUGAAGGAGGUGGCACAGAAAGCCUCCACUGAACAUGUGUGGCUGGGUCUGCGUCACACCUGCACCCUCAGCUUCUGGUUCUGGGUGGAUGGAGAGUCUAUCUGCUACCAGAACUGGGCUCCAGGUAACGGGACAGAAGGAGAAAACUGCAGCUCUGUAGAGAGAACCGGAGCAGUUCAGUCUAGAGGAGGUCAGCAGUGGGUCAGCCUGCCUGAGGACCAGGAACUCAACUUCAUCUGCACCACCUAUGAAGAUUGAAACCAGGUUUGCUCCCUCUUCUGUACCCAGCAUCAGCAGAUCUACAGUUUUGGACCCUUUAUAUCUUUUCCUUAGUAGUGAGAGUUUUAUUGGUAUACAUGUAGUGGACACCACCUUGAUUCAUCUGAAAACCCAGUUUGUUGACCAGAAAGCUAAUAAUUUUGGCUCCAAAGAGUCUGGGUUAGUGCCAUAAAACUGGAUUAAUAACACUCUGCAGCUCGUGUAAGUACCAGUCCCGGACCUGCUGUGGGGCCUGUCUCCAAUCACUAAUACAACGAAGAAAUACAUGACUUAUAUCCAGUCCAAAUGUUGAUCACUCAUCCUUGUUCAUCACCAGAAGACUGAACAUACUACAAAGUUGUGUGAUUUAUUAUGAAUCUAUUGAUUAUACAAUUGAAUUGAUAUUCCAAACAUGGAUCUAAAGCUCCAGCACGUGGAAGGAAUAAAACAUGCCACACCGUCAUGAAGC